AUGCCAAAAUCUUUUGUCCCCCUAGAAUCAAACCCUGAAAUCUUCUCCUCUCUAAGUCACCGCCUUGGUCUCGGGGAAUCUCUUGCCUUCCAUGAUGUCUUUUCCAUUGAUGACCCUGAUCUUCUUGCCUUUGUCCCCCGUCCAGUAUCUGCCCUCAUCUUAGUCUUCCCAGUCUCAGAAACCUACGAAGAAUAUCGCAAAACUGAUGAUGCAACCCGUCCAACUGAUUACUAUACAAGCGUUGCAGGAACCCCAGCUCAAGACUCUCUUUGGUACCGUCAAACUAUCCGCAACGCAUGCGGCUUCUACGCUAUUCUCCACGCUCUUGCCAAUGGUGUCCACGAUCUUCAAUCUGACUCAUAUAUUGAAUCCCUAAUCAAACGUACUGAACAUGCUACAGUCGACGACCGUACUCAUAUCUUGGAAAAUGACACAGAGUUGGAUAAAUUAUAUGCCUCUCUCGCAUCAAAGGGUUCAACACAGGCCCCAGAUGCUUCCGAUGAAGUUAACUUACACUUUGUAUGUUUUACACGAGCCAGAGGGUCCGGCCAUUUUGUUGAACUCGAUGGUCGCCGUACAGGACCAAUUGAUUUGGGAGAAUUGGAUAAGAAUUCAGAUAUGCUUAGUGAUAAAGUUCUUGAUCAUGUUCGAUCAUUUAUGCAAAGAGAAACAAAAGACCCGUCCUUUUCGAUUUUGGCUCUGGCGCCGUCGUUUGACUAA